AUGCCCAGGGACCAGCACAAGGGCAAUGAGACUCAGCUAGACUUCUCUUCAAGCUCAGCUUCGAGCUCGAUUGUCACCAAUGUACCUUCGACGGCCCAAGAGUCACCAUUACAAGCCUGGGGUCAAGCUGCUGGGAGUGCUGGAUCUCUGAACAACCAGAUCCCCGAGUCACUGCGUGUAUCAACUGUACCUUUCAUACACAGUGUAAUCGGCGAGCUCUUCCACGUCUGCUCACGUGAGGAGAUCGUGUACAGUGCCCCUUGGUUCUCCUCGCUCAUCAGCUACCUGGGAAGGUUCCAGACGCUUGACACGGCCAUGUCCGCAUACCUGCUACAGAUGAUAGGCAAGGCCAAGGGGGACCAGGCUCAGCUCAGCAGGAGCCGCGACGUCUACGGCCGGUCCCUGGCCGGCCUCCAAAAAGCUCUCAACCACCCCGUCGCCUGGAAGUCGGCCGAGACCCUGGCUGCUACGAUGUUAUGCUGCCUAUUCGAGCUGUUCGCAGGCACCUCAAACCCCCUGAGCUGGAUGAUGCACGCCGUCGGCGUGUCCAAGCUCAUCCAGGCACGCGGGCCCAAGUCCUUCUCUACGCCCUUUGAGAGGGCUUCGCUGAGCUGUUUCCGCCCCAUCAUCAUCGUGCGAUGUCUCUUUGCCGGCGAGGACUGCUUUCUCAACCAACCCAAGUGGCAGAACCUCUCGUCAAGGCUGUCUGACUUCGCCAUGAAUAAAGAAGAGGGUUCUCAGGAUAUUUGGGACACUACGCGUGUCCCGAAGCCGCCUUUUGUUAGAUUCCAGGAUGGUUACUAUAUCUUGCUGGCCAAGAUCCCACUGAUAUUAAGCUGGGGUUACAGCAUUCGAGAAGAGAGGCGACACGGUAUCACGCCAGAUCCCGCUCGAGUCAAACUGCUCUUGGAACAGGCGGGCUCGCUGCGUUCCGAGUACCGUGUCUGGCACGAGAGAGCAGUCUCUGGGGGCGGAAUAACACAGCCCGUGGAGGUGCCUUCUGCGGACCCAACUUCCCCUUUCAUGACCGUCCUCAUGUUCUCGAGCCCGUGGAUUGGGUCGGUGGAAGUCGGCUACUGGGCAACAAUGCUGAUCCUCCAGGAGGCUUUGAACCAAUGUUACGAAGUUGAAGAAGAACGGCCAUACGAUGAGGACAAUCAGGAGCUCGCCAGGAACAUACUUCGGGCGACCGAACACGUUGGACGGGGCAUAAUGGGUCCAUACAGGAUUGCGUACGCCCUCCGAAUCGCAUAUGAUUUCGUUGACCUGCCGCUGAAAAUGUGGGUUCUCUCGGCGGCUGGAAGAUACAGCCAACAAUACGCUGCGGCAUCUACCGAAACGUACCCGAGGCCUAACGCAAUUACCGGCGUUCACUCCUUCAUGGAGGCUGACGAUGACGAUCCAGGGGGUGGGACGCCAGUGUAG